AUGGCAUGGUCAAGCACCAAUCACGUAGUGGUUACUAAUCUUUUGGAAUUACCUGGAGAUGGAACUUUCCGUACCACUCUUCUUUUUAGUGUCACUGAUAAAGUUGGUAUUUUAGAUGAAUGUUUAUUAGCUAUUAAGAAACAAAAUAUUUCUUUGACAAGAAUUGAAAGUCGCCCAAGUAAAACACCUGAAUGGGAUUACGAUUUUUUCGUUGAUUUUAAUGUUGAGAAUGCUACUCAACUUUCUAAUAUAGUUUCCGCCCUAAAGAAUGUAACUAAACAAGUAAAAAUUGCUGGUGCUGAAACUACUGAAGCUACUGAAGUUAGCACUCCUUGGUUUCCACGUAAAAAAUCAGAUCUGGACACAUUUGCUGAUAAGGUUUUGGAAAUGGGCGAAGAUCUCGACUCGGAUCAUCCUGGAGCAAAUGAUCCAGAGUAUCGUGUCAGACGUGCACAAAUUACACGUAUUGCAAAAACUCAUAAGAGUGGUCAACCUAUACCAACUGUUGAAUAUACAACUAGAGAAAUUGAAACUUGGGGCGCUGUUUUUCGUAACUUAAUGAAAUUAUAUCCAACUCAUGCUUGCAGAGAGCAUCUAUACGUGUUUCCAUUGUUGACUCAAAAUUGUGGAUAUAAUGAAAAAAAUAUACCGCAAUUAGAAGAU